CUAUAUGCAAUAGUAAAUAAGGACGCCUGGUGGUGCUGCAGGCUAGGAGUAGGAAUGAAUGGCUCUGUGGAUACCCGGGAAGCCAUUAAGCUGGGAAUCAGAACUCUGAAUGCUUUCUAAAAGAAGGAAGCAUUUUACAUAAGAUCUAGAGGCAGAGAUCUCCAGAGAAGGGCAUCGUUCUACUGCAGGUCAGUCAGAAAGAUCUAAUUCGAGUUUAUUUAACCAAAUCAUCUGGGUUGAUUGCAUACGGAGUUGAAGAAACUGCACGUGCUUGAACAGGGUCUGAACAAUGGAGACUGCACCAGCAAAAACGCUACAGAAAAGGCAAGUUAUCUUUCUUGCUAUAUUGUUGCUUUUGUGGGAGGCUGGCUCUGAAGCAGUUAGGUAUUCCAUGCCAGAAGAAACAGAAAGUGGGUCUUUUGUGGCCACCCUGGCAAAAGACCUGGGGCUCAGGGUGGGGGAACUGGCCACUCGGGGCGCGCGAAUCCAUUACAAAGGAAAUAAACAGCUCUUGCAGCUGGAUGUAACGACCGGGAAUUUGCUUCUAUGUGAAAAACUAGACCGGGAGGUGCUGUGUGGGGCGACCGAUCCCUGCAUACUGCAUUUCCAACUAUUACUGGAAAACCCGGUGCAGUUUUUUCAAGCUGAUCUGCAGCUCACAGAUAUAAAUGACCAUUCCCCAGAGUUCCUCGAGAGGGAAAUGCUCCUAAAAAUCCCAGAAAACGUCCAGACAGGGACUGUGUUUCCUUUGAAAAUAGCUCAGGACUUUGACAUAGGUAGCAACACUAUUCAGAAUUACACAAUCAGCCCCAACUCCCAUUUUCAUGUUGUCACUCAUAAUCGCGGAGAUGGCAGAAAAUACCCAGAACUGGUGCUGGACAAACCGCUGGAUCGGGAGGAAGGGCCUGAGCUCAGUUUAACCCUCACGGCGCUGGAUAGUGGGGCUCCGCCCAGGUCCGGGACCACUGCAGUCCGCAUUGAAGUCGUGGACAUCAAUGACAACGCCCCUGAGUUUUUACAGUCGGUCUAUGAGGUACAGAUUCCGGAGAACAGCCCCCUAAACUCCUUAGUUGUCACUGUCUCCGCCCGAGAUUUAGAUGCAGGAACGAAUGGGAAUGUAGCCUACGCUCUAUUCCAAGGUGAUGAAGUUACUCAACUGUUUGUAAUAGACGAAAUAACAGGAGAAAUUCGUCUGAAAAGGGCAUUGGAUUUCGAGUCAACUCGAUAUUAUAACGUGGAGGUUGCAGCCACAGACGGCGGGGGCCUUUCAGGAAAAUGCACUGUAGUUAUAGAGGUGGUGGAUGUGAACGACAACGUCCCUGAACUGACCAUGUCGACGAUCACCAGCUCUGCCCCAGAAAACUCCCCAGAGACUGUGGUGGCCGUUUUCAGUGUUUCUGAUCCAGAUUCCGGGGACAACGGUAGGAUGGUUUGCUCCAUCCAGAAUGAUCUCCCCUUUCUCUUGAAACCCACAUUCAAAAACUUUUACACCCUAGUGACCGAGAGGCCACUGGACAGAGAGAGCAGAGCGGAAUACAACGUCACCAUCACCGUCACAGAUAUGGGGACACCGAGACUGAAAACCCAGCACAACAUAACCGUGCUGGUGUCCGACGUCAACGACAAUGCCCCUGCCUUCACCCAGACCUCCUACACCCUGUCCGUCCGCGAGAACAACAGCCCCGCCCUGCACAUCGGCACCGUCCGCGCCACAGACAGAGACGCGGGCGCCAACGCCCAGGUCACCUACUCGCUGCUGCCGCCCCUCCACCCGCACGUGCCCCUGGCCUCCCUGGUGUCCAUCAACCCGGACAACGGCCACCUGUUCGCCCUGAGGUCCCUGGACUACGAGGCCCUGCGGGCGUUCGAGUUCCGCGUGGGCGCCGCCGACCGCGGCUCGCCCGCGCUCAGCAGCCAGGCGCUGGUGCGCGUGCUCGUGGCGGACGACAACGACAACGCGCCCUUCGUGCUGUACCCGCUGCAGAACGCCUCGGCGCCCUGCACCGAGCUGGUGCCCAGGGCGGCCGAGGCGGGCUACCUGGUGACCAAGGUGGUGGCGGUGGAUGGCGACUCGGGCCAGAACGCCUGGCUCUCGUACCAGCUGCUCAAGGCCACGGAGCCCGGGCUGUUCGGCGUGUGGGCGCACAACGGCGAGGUGCGCACGGCCCGGCUGCUGAGCGAGCGCGACGCGGCCAAGCACAGGCUGGUGGUGCUGGUCAAGGACAACGGCGAGCCGCCGCUGUCGGCCAGCGUCACGCUGCACGUGCUGCUGGUGGACGGCUUCUCGCAGCCCUACCUGCCGGCCCCGGAAGCGGAAGCAGCGGACGCGGCGCCGGCCGCCCCGCUCACCGUCUACCUGGUGGUCGCCUUGGCGUCGGUGUCGUCGCUCUUCCUCUUCUCGGUGCUGGUGUUUGUCGCGGUGCGGCUGUGCAGGCGGGGCGGGGCGGCCUCGGUGGGUCGCUGCUCGGUGCCCGAGGGCCCCUUUCCGGGCCACCUGGUGGACGUCAGCGGCACGGGGACCCUGUCCCAGAGCUACCAGUACGAGGUGUGUCUGACGGGAGGCUCCGGGUUAAAUGAGUUUAAAUUCUUGAAGCCGAUUCUCCCCAACCUCCCGCCUCAGGGUGCUGGUGAAGAAAUCGAGGAAAACGCCAACUUCCGGAAUAGCUUUGGAUUCAGUUAGGGAUCUCAUCAUGAUGCAAGGUAUUUGUCAUUUAUCUCUAAUUUCCCCAGAUACCGAAUUUGAGAAAAAUUCCAUCUUCAGGUAUAGCCUUCAUUUCCUUUUUGUAAUGAAUUAGUCCAUUUAACUUUACCUUGUCCAAUUUUGGAAAACUAAAUUCUAUUGUCAUUGCAUUUAUUUAUAGUGCGCCAUUCCAAAUCCUUGCAUGCUGUUGAUUUUCCUGAAAUUUUUGCUC